UAUUUUGGGUUGUUUUUGUGUGAUAAGUACCAAUGGAGUGGAAGCAUCUCACAAGGUUUACGAAAAUCUACAAUCUCACGCUGCAGCAACUGUGAAACAACUCCAUCGAAGCGGCUAUCACUUUCAACCUCCUAUGAACUGGAUCAAUGAUCCGAACGGUCCAAUGUAUUACAAUGGGAUAUACCAUUUAUUCUACCAAUACAACCCCAAAGGUGCAGUCUGGGGCAACAUUGUUUGGGCUCAUUCAGUAUCUAAAGACUUGAUCAAUUGGGAAGCUCUCGAACCGGCAAUAUACCCUUCGAAGCACUUCGAUAUCAACGGAUGUUGGUCUGGUUCUGCCACCGUCCUUCCGAACAACAAGCCUGUAAUUUUCUACACAGGGAUCGAUCCCGACAAUUAUCAAGUCCAAAACUAUGCGGUUCCGGCCAACUUGUCUGACCCUUAUUUGCAUGAAUGGAUCAAACUGGAUGACAACCCCAUCGUCGUUGCCGAUGAAACCAUGAACAAAACCGCCUUCCGUGAUCCAACAACUGCUUGGAAGGUCGGUGGGCAUUGGAGAAUGUUGGUGGCUAGCCGAAGGAAACAUAGAGGAAUGGCUUAUUUGUAUAGGAGUAGGGAUUUUAAGAAAUGGGUGAAGGCCAAACAUCCUUUACAUUCCGUGGCGAAUACUGGUAUGUUUGAAUGUGCAGAUUUUUUCCCAGUGUCAUUGUAUGGGGACAAUGGCCUUGAUACCUCUUCUGUUGGUCCUAACGUAAAGCAUGUUCUCAAGGUGAGCUUGGAUCUUACAAGGUUUGAGUAUUACACUAUAGGUUCAUAUAUCCCAGAACCUAGGGAUAAAUAUUUGGUGGACAAGAACUUUGUUGAUGGUUGGGAGGGGCUUAGAUUCGACUAUGGCAACUAUUAUGCUUCAAAGACAUUCUUUGACCCUUCAAAGAAUAGAAGGGUUUUGUGGGGUUGGUCUAAUGAAUCCGAUACAGCUCAAGAUGAUAUUAAUAAAGGAUGGGCUGGUCUUCAGACAAUUCCAAGAAAGCUGUGGCUUGAUCCUAGCGGGAAGCAAUUGUUGCUGUGGCCUAUAGAAGAAAUAGAGACUCUAAGAGGCCAAAAGGUUCAAUUAAGCAAUCAAAAACUCAAGUUGGGAGAACCUGUUGAAGUCAAAGGAAUCACUGCUGCUCAGGCUGAUGUUGAUGUUACCUUCACCAUACCAAAUUUGGAUAAAGCUGAAGCAUUUGAUCCGAGCUGGACCAAUGCUCAAGAUCUUUGUGGUUUAAAGGGAUCAACUGUUCAAGGUGGCGUUGGACCAUUUGGGCUAUUAACAUUAGCUUCGGAGAAUCUAGAAGAAUACACCCCUGUUUUUUUCAGGGUAUUUAAAGGUCAAGACAAGCACGUUUUUCUCUUGUGCUCAGAUGCUAGCAGCUCUUCCUUGAGGGAAAGUGGGCUAUACAAGCCCUCAUUUGCUGGAUUUGUAGAUGUAGAUUUGGCUGCUGAGAAGAAGAUUUCUCUUAGGAGUUUGAUUGAUCACUCCGUGGUCGAGAGUUUCGGAGCUGGGGGGAAAACAUGCAUCACAUCAAGAGUAUAUCCGACUCUUGCGGUGUUUGACAAUGCCCACUUGUUCGUAUUUAAUAACGGGAUUGAGACGAUAACUGCCGAUGUUGAAGCUUGGAGCAUGGGGAAGCCUUGUAAGAUGAACAAUUGAAA